AUGCCAUUGUUGUGUGGAGGACGUCAGCUCGGAGAAUGUCGGGAGUCUCCUACUCGUCGCUUCGUCAUCUGUGGGGGUAUGAAGGUCAUUACCAUGAGGUCCUUCCUCUUCCACAGUGUUCCGGCCUCAGAUGAAAAUGUCCUUUGUUGCGGGGGGCCCCGGGGCCCGUCGUGUGGAGAGCCGGCUAAUUCUAUGUUUAUUCUCCUCCAGCUAAACAAGGAAAACAAAAACCUGAAACGGAUCAGCAUGUUGUACAUGGCCAAGCUGGGCCCCGAGGUCAUCACCGAGGAGAUCAACCUGGACGACGACGACCCUUCUGAGGGUGACAACGGGGGAGACUGCGCGUCCCUUCCCUGCCAACAGAGAGUGCAAGGUCUCCAGGAUCAGGUCCAGUCUGUCCGGGAGGAGAAGAAGUCGGUGUCCUUAGAGCUGGAGGAGCUGCGAUCCCGACUUGUGGACCUUAUAGAAGAGGUGAACACUACCAAGAAAGAAAAUGUCACGCUGACCAAAGAGGUGUUUGACCAGCGCAAACUAUUAGAAAAGUACAACAGAGUGUCUGUCCUGGCCGUGGAGGAAUAUGAAGAUCUUCAGAACAACCUAGAAAUGGAGAAGGACCUGCGGGAGAGAGCAGAGAAACUGGCCCAGGAGAUGAUCAUCGAGCAGAAGAAACUGAAGCGACAGAGUUGUCUCCUGCUGCAGGAGUGCGCACCCAGCGAGACGCUGCUGAAAGCGCUGGAGGAGAACGCCAGACUGACCCAACUACUAGAGGAGGACCGCAUCCAAUACCAGCACAAGGUGAGCUGA